AAUCCAUCGAUUUGCCUGCGCAAAGCUUCACCUCCACUUUCCUUUCCCACCUACCUUACCUUCCCUUCGUACAACCCACCCCCCAACCUUUCCCAAUCCAACCACAACUUUUUGCGACAGCAACUUCUUGUUUUUCUUCACUCUCUCCCUUUGCGCAAAGACUCGACAGUACCACGCAACAUCCACGAAACAGACACAAUGGCUGCCGAGAACGAGAACGUCGCUGCUGGCCUCGCCGAGGAGACCAAGGGCAAGGGCAAGGCCGUCGCCGCUGAGGAGCCCGUUGAAAAGAGCGACGCCAUGGACGAGGACGAGGACUCCAGUGAUGAGGAGGAAGCCCCCGAGGCCGCUGAGGCUGUCGACGAGGAGGACGGCAUGGAGGAGAUUGACCUGAACAACAUUGUCGAGGGUGGUCGCCGCACCCGUGGCCGUGUCAUUGAUUUCGCCAAGGCUGCCGAGGAGAACCCCGCCGAGGAGGAUGAUGACGAGGACGACGAUGACUUCGCGGCCGACGAGUCCAAGAUGGAUGAGGACUAAGCAGCGAGUCCAUUCUCCUCCUUUUUCGUUUGACCUUCGUACACCCCCCUUUGGCCUGCCUACCUUUUACAUGGUGGCGGCUGCGGGCGGCGGCGAUGGUUCAUCACCAUUCAUGACGGUUAUUGGGAAACGGCACGACACACACACGACAGAAAACGGAAUGCAAAGAAGGGGCAGUGGAUGGUUUACACAAAAGUUAUAAGAGGGCUUCAAUAAUCAUUUGCAUGCCCCUUGCGUCGAUAAAAAGGCUUGGUGGGUUUGGACAUUGGCGGCUGAGAGCCUCGGUUGAUAUUGCAGCUUUUUUGUCGGCGGCGGCAGCGGCGACGUUUGUCGAUUUGCUGCUGCUCUGCCCACCUGGCUCUCUAUUUUAUCAGGCCGUUUCAGCGCGCGGUGUCGCUACCUUGACUACGAGUGCCAUGGAAAUGAAAAUUAUGCGAC